AUGGCGGUUGGAAAGAACAAGAGACUCUCCAAGGGCAAGAAGGGCCUCAAGAAGAAGACGGUCGACCCCUUCUCCCGAAAGGACUGGUACUCGAUCAAGGCCCCUAACCCUUUCAACGUUCGAGAUGUCGGCAAGACCCUUGUGAACCGAACCACUGGUCUCAAGAACGCCAACGACGCUCUUAAGGGCCGUAUCCUCGAGGUCUCUCUGGCCGAUCUCCAGAAGGAUGAGGACCACUCCUUCCGCAAGGUCCGCCUCCGUGUCGACGAGGUCCAGGGCAAGAACUGCUUGACUGCUUUCCACGGUCUCGACUUCACCUCCGACAAGCUCCGAUCUCUCGUCCGCAAGUGGCAAACUCUGAUUGAGGCCAACGUCACUGUCAAGACUACCGACGACUACCUCAUCCGCCUCUUCGCCAUUGGUUUCACCAAGCGACGAGGAAACCAGGUCAAGAAGACCACAUACGCCGCCUCUUCUCAGAUCCGAGCCAUCCGACGCAAGAUGACCGACAUCAUCCAGCGUGAGGCUUCAAGCUGCACUCUCACCCAGCUUACCUCCAAGCUCAUUCCCGAGGUCAUUGGCCGCGAGAUUGAGAAGUCCACCCAGGGCAUCUACCCUCUCCAGAACGUCCACAUCCGAAAGGUCAAGCUUCUCAAGGCCCCCAAGUUCGAUCUCGGUGCCUUGAUGGCUCUGCACGGCGAGUCUGGUACCGACGACCAGGGCCAGAAGGUUGAGCGGGAGUUCAAGGAGCGUGUCCUUGAGGAGGUUUAA